CCGCCGUCUUCGCCGCCCUUUUCGCUCUUGCGCUUCCAUCGCCCUUCCUCUCGCCUCCCGUCCUGCCCAAGACUCCCCGUCCGGCUUUGGAGCUUGCUCUCCCCCCGCUUUCUGCUGGCUGCCUGUCCAUCUUUUCCCGGUGCUCUCCCGCUCUUGCUUGCCCUGCUCGGGCCAUCGCUUCCACUCCAUCCACCAUGUUCAAAAACAUCGGCAAAAACAAGACCCCCGUCCAGCCAAGCUACUACCCCUCGCAGCCCUACAACAACGGCUCCGGCGGCGGCUACAACAACGGCUCCGGCGGUGGUUACAACUACGGCUCCUCGCCCUCGUCCCAUGCCUCGCCCGGCCAGGGCUACUCCCAAAAGGUCAGCUAUGACUCGCCCGCCCAGCGCUCGGCUCCUGUCCCGCCCUCCGGCACCGGCGGCGGCGGCCCCCCGAACCUCGCCCCCCGCGGCUCGUCGCAUCCAAAGAUGAUCUGGAACCAGGUUCCCAAGAAGGUCAUCCAAGCCACUGCCGACUACACCGCAGAGUACUCGGGUGAGCUCUCCUUCCGCAAGGGCGACUUUUUCUACGUCGUCGACGACAGCCACCUCAACAAGUACGAGGUCAUCAACCCCAUCGAGAAGGUCCGCGGCCUCGUGCCGUCCUCCUACUUUGAAAACCUCGACCGAGUCGCCAAAAUCCCCGAGAACUUCCACGAAGAGAUCGGCGUUGUCCUCCCAAAGUCCUUCAUGGACCACGACCAGCGACAGAGUAUGCCUUCGUCCAGAGGCAAUAGUGGCCAAUACGACCCCUACGAUCCCUACAACGGGCCAUCUGCUCGUGACUCCAACCCGGUCAAGGACUACGACCCCACCGACGACUAUGCCGACGACAGCUCGCAGCCCUCCAGCCGCCCCGUCACGCCUCCCCGUCGCAACGCCCCCGAGCUGCUCAGUCCCACGGCCUCGGUCCGGGACGGCCCUGCUUCCUCGGGCCCUGGCACCCCCCGCGGCCGGGCCUUUGUGCCUGUCCAGUAUGCGACCGUGCCAUUUGUCGAGUUUGUCAACGGCCAGUGGGAGUACUCUCUGCACAUUGAGCGCGCCGACAAUGCCCAGGGCCUCAUCUUCCGAACCUACGACCAGAUCUGGCAGCUGCACGUUGCCCUCCUCACAUCCUUCCCGAACGAAAGCGGGCGCAAGGACCUGCCUCGCAUCCUGCCCUUCCUGCCCAACCCCAUCCGCGACAUGACCCCGUCUGAGGCCGAGACCCGCCGAUUACAUCUCGAGAUCUACUUUGUUGAGCUCACCAAACUGGGCCGUCCCAUCAGUGACUCGUUCCCGCUCAAACGCUUCUUUAUGGUGCAACCGCAGGACAUUGACAACCCCACCGACGAGGACCUGCAAUUCCGGGGCGAAGGCACUGUCCAGGACCUCAUCGCCGAGUACAUUUCCGACGGCCUUGUCAAGAUCAAGAUCGACCUUGGUAACGAGAUGGUCGCCUGGAAGAUCCCUGACGACCUGCGGUACACCGAACUCCUGGACGAGGUCGAGGACAAGCUGCAGGUCCGCAUCGUUGGCCUGAGCUACAAGGACGAGACCGGCCUGCUGCUGCCCCUCUUUGGCGACGACGACCUGCGGCUCCAAAUCCAAACCAACCUCGGAAAGCUCGUCUUCUAUCUGGAAGAGGAAGAGGAGGAAGCCGACGAGUACCGAUGAGCGGCUCCGCGGUGGCACCCCAUGUUGUGCUGGCUCUUUCGGAGUAUUGCGUUUGGAUGAAACAUGGAUCGUAGGAGCAUCGAUGCCGAGGAACGAACAUGCGCUGGCAUCCUCAG